AUGCUUGCCGAAUGGCUUCUCGCCAACCGGCUGGAAAUUCUCAACUCUCUAGAUGUCCCCACCCGAGUUGGACGUAGGGGACAGAGAGAUUCAAUCAUAGACCUCACUAUUGCCAACGACGCGGUUAUUGAGGGAGGUUUAGUCUCGAAAUGGGAAUGCUCGGGGAGAGGCUCCCUUGGGUCAGACCAUAACUGCAUCACCUGGACCAUCACAAUCAACACUCCUUGCGACACUCGUAAUCCUGAAGGAGCUUACCGACACCGCAUCGACAUUGCCGGUGAAGACGAUUGGAUAAAAGCAGCUACAACCUAUCUAGAAGAACACCCACCGCCUCAGUACGCGUCGACCAAGGAGAUCGAAGAGGGCGCUCUCAUCAUCCUCAAAGCUAUGUCUACUGCUACCGAACUAUCCAUGGAGAAGGUCCUAGUGAAUAAGGCCAAACCCCGUUUGGAAUGGUGGAACAACCGAUGCUCUCGGGCGGUUACAGAUUUGGAAGACUGCGAUAACCCGGAGGAACGCUCUGCAGCCCUUGGACGUCUACGAUCGGCUAUCCGCGGUGCCAAGAGAUCCCGUGGCGACGACCUAUGCACUAAAGUUACCAACCCCGAAGCUGUCUUCAAGUUCACAAACUGGUAUAAAGGGAAACGUGAAGCCCCGCUACCCCCCCCCCUGACCGCCAAUGGACUAAAAGCCACCCUACCCGAGGAUCAGGCUAGGUUGCUUCGGGAUGCAUUCUUCCCAGCGACUGCCCCCCCUGCCGACUCAUCCUCCCCACUUGGAAUACCUCUCCACCCCACUCGUCCCCAUCACGGUAUCACAGUGGACGAAAUCUCCCGGGCCCUCAACUCGGCAUCUAACACGUCUGCCCCAGGAGCCUUUGGGACAAACUAUUGCCUCCUCAAAUGGCUGUUCAACGCUCGCCCGGGGAUUAUUGUGGAUCUCUACAACACCUGCCUGGAUCAUGGAUUCCACCCCAAAUGCCUUCGCAACGCGCUUGUAGUAGCUAUCCCCAAGCCACACAAGAUCGACAUGACGGCCCCCAAAUCUUACCGUCCCAUCUCGCUCCUUGAAACUCUUUCGAAAUGCCUAGAGAAAAUUAUUGCCGCGCGUAUCUCGUUCGAAGUUGGAAAACACAAUCUCCUCCCUUAUACACAAUUCGGAGGGAGGGGCAACUCGUCAUGUGUCGACGCAGGUCUGUCCCUCUCUCAUGACAUUCACGCCGCUUGGGCACAAGAAAAAUUUGCCUCACUUUUAACGCUAGAUAUUUCUGGUUACUUCAAUAAUGUUAAUCACUCUUGCCUUAGUUUCACCUUACGUAGACUCGGUUUCUCCAACUGCAUGUGUAAUUGGCUUUCCUCUUACUUCUCCGAUCGUACCGCUCAGUUCCGUAUUAAUGAUCAUGUUACUAGCCUUUUCCCGAUUUCUAAUGUAGGCAUCCCCCAGGGAUCCCCUCUCUCUCCCAUUCUCUCUUCUUUGUAUUCCAUACCUGUUCUUCUCUCGGUUCUGGACUCCCCAAAUCUCUCGGUACGUGCCUAUGUGGACGACUUCACGAUUCUGGCCACCUCCAAAUCCCGCGCCAGGAACAUCCAUCUCUUGGAGGACGCUGCAGAGGAAGCCUCGUCGUGUCUUCAGGCUCUAGGGCUGGACUUCAAGCUGGAAAAGUGCGAACUCAUUCACUUCGCCAAAUCAAAUUCAUAA